GCACACUCUGUCACAGCUGUAUCUCUGUCUUUUGUUUUUCAGCUGUAUCUCUUGCACUGGCUUUGAAUGGAGUCUUCACAAAUACCCUCAAGUUGAUAGUUGGCAGGCCAAGGCCGGACUACUUCCACCGCUGUUUCCCUGAUGGUCAGAUGAACCCCAAGAUGCUGUGCACUGGAGAGCCAGACUUGGUGUCUGAAGGUCGCAAAAGUUUUCCCAGCAGCCACUCCUCCUUUGCUUUCUCUGGCCUGGGUUUUACCUCAUUCUACUUGGCGGGCAAGUUGCAGUGCUUCACGGAUGCUGGGCGCGGGCGCAGUUGGCGACUCUGUGCCAUGGUCCUGCCCCUCUACAGUGCCAUGAUGAUUGCCUUGUCUCGCACCUGCGACUACAAGCAUCACUGGCAAG